AACCCUCAAGCUGGGUGUGUGUAUAUGAAGCAGCGUGACGACGGCUGUCGGAACACCAGCUUCACACGGAGACUCACGUCGCAGCUGCUGCUCUCUAGAGCUCACUAACACUCUCAUGGUUACUGCCGUCAAGGUCUUCAAAAAGACUGCCCCUAAUGGUAAGGUCACCGCGUACCUAAGUCGUCGGGACUUCGUGGACGACCUAAGCCACACCUCCCCAGUGGAUGGUGUGGUGGUGGUGGACCAUGAUUAUCUUCGUGGGCGGCGGGUGUUCGCCCGCGUGGUGGUCACCUACCGCUACGGGCGUGAGGAGGAUGAGGUGAUGGGUCUCCACUUCAGCAAGGAAAUCGAGCUGGUUAACAUCGAAGUGGCUCCCAACGCUGGUGUAGAGGAACUUAACGAGGUUCAGCAGCGUCUCCUCAAGAAGCUUGGUGCUAACGCCUAUGCCUUCAGCGUGGUGCUGCCCCACAAUGCCCCGUGCUCCGUCACUAUUGAUGGUGGAGAUGAUUACUCUAGCCAACCCUUGGGUGUGAUCUAUGAUCUUAGGCUCUAUGUGGCUGAUCGUAAGCAAGAGAAACCACACAAGCGAAACUCUGUUGGCUUUGCCGUGCGCAAGGUUCAGUAUGCCCUUGCUGAACUCAGUGCUCGUCAGCCCCAAACGACGGUUACGAAGAGCUUCACCUUCUCCCCUGGUAAGCUCACCAUGGAAGUCAGCCUUGACCGUGGCAUGUACUUCCACGGACAGGUUGUGGAGGCUCGUCUAAACAUUAGCAACGCUUCCAAGAAGACUGUGAAGAACAUCAAGGCCCAGAUCGUGCAGCAUGUGGAGGUCACCAUGACUAACAGCCAUUUUAGUCGUGUUGUGUCCUCGCUGGAGUCCCGUGAGGGCUGUCCCAUCACUCCUGGAGCUAAUCUCACCAAGACCUUCUCUCUCACUCCCCUCGUGUCCAAUCAGAAGGGCUUCGGCAUCGCCUUAGACGGCCAAGUCAAAGACCAGGAUGCCAACCUGGCCUCCUCCACCAUGGUGGCAGCCGGCAAGAACGUCAACGAUGCUCUGGGUAUUAUCGUAUCCUACUCUCUCCGUGUGAAGCUGAACUGUGGCGCCAUCGGCGGUGAACUGACUGCGGACCUGCCCUUCAAGCUGGUGCAUCCUGACCCCUACGCCAGCAAGGCAGUACUUCGCAAGAUGCAGUCCACUGAUAACAUCGAAUACGAAGAGUUCGCUCGUCUCCGACGCGGCCAGUCAGUCGCUGAAGAAUAAGUGUUGAUGAAAUUGGUAUUAAUACCAGCCACUUGAUGAGCAACACAUGUACAACAAAUGGCGAUCAUCACUGCUGAUACCCAACUGUUGCACAUGUUUCUUAUUCAUCAAUAAGUGUAUUAAAAUCAUCUUUCUUCUUUUUCUCGAUUAUCUUUAGUUUUAUUUAUUUAUAUAUUUAUGUCUUUGCAAAUAGUACAUUGAGUUUUGUAAUUGGCUGCGAAAAGUUGUAGUGAAAUUAAUGUAAUCUUCCGACAGUUAAUUUUAUUUUUAAUCAUCAUUCAUAAUGAUAAUUUAAUAAUUGGAAAAUGCU